CUUCAGGGAGGGCGGUGUUGCGACUGAAGGUGCAGGUCUCAGUUUCAGGUUGGGGAGGACGCGGCACGGACCUGCGAAGGAGAUUAACACAUUGUUUGGUUAUUGGUGAAUGGAAAGUACUAUUCAUGGCGAGAUGGCUGACCAGCAAACCCCUUUAGAUUAUGGGGUCCAGAUCCGCUUUAUAGAUGACCUGAAAGCACCUAAGAAAACAAGGAGCCGUGCCUCUAAACAGAGCACUUAUGGAGUGGCAGUGCGGGUGCAGGGAAUAGAUGGACAACCUUUUGUGGUGUUGAAUAGUGGAGAUAAAUCCAAAUCAUCCUAUGGAGUACAGAUAAAAACAGAGAGCAGUUAUGCCAACCCUCCUCCAGACUACCAGAGCUCUGCUUCUAGGAUCAACAAGCCAGUAAGGUCAAUAAGCUCAGAAUCUGACCUACCUGAAAACCCUUAUGCUACCAAAGGAGUCUUACGCAACAGCUUGCAUUAUAGCAGCACCUCAGAUGAAGAGCAGAAUAUCAAACCUCGAGACAAAGCCAAGUUGAGUGGUGGCUCCUCUUCCAGACCCCGUCCACUUCGUGCUUCCCCCAAAGAAGAGUUGAGGAGAUCCCAAUCACAAAGCUCUUUGUUAGACCCAGAAAUAGAUGACACAUCUAAUUAUGGACAGCAUUACAGUGAACGGUCGUCUACCUUUGAUACCACUUACUCCAACCUGUCACAGAGCCGUAGCAGCAGUUCAUAUAUGAACAAUGGUGCACACACUAUUGGUGGUUAUAGGUCUACAACUGGACUGCGAUCUACCUCUUCUACUGACAAGCUUCCAUUACAGAAGAAAGAUAGUCUUCCCUCUUCUGCACUACCAAACCUACCCAGAGAGGAUAUAGAUACAAAACCCCUUUCUUCUGUGGACUCCUUGAUCAGCAAAUUUGAUGUAAAGGGGCAGGUGAGGGGCAGGACAGCAAGAAGAAGUCGGAUUCAGCCAGAAGAAAGGAAACGUUCACAAAGUCUAGAUGGUCGUGUAUCUUAUCGAGACUCGGCAGAUUCUAGAGAAAUACAGGCUUCAGGCUUUCAGGAACAAAGCCGGACACAAGUGAGGGCACAACCGGCAAAUAAUGGAUCCUUUAGUAGAUCAUCACUUAACAGAGAGCCCUUAGAAAGAGAACAGUUCAACAAGACUGAGCUAACUAACGACUGGUUGAAUCAUACCAUAGACGAGCCAGUUAUUCAGAGAAAGCAGCAGAACACUAUCCAGUCAGGAAUCCAGUUAAAGAGCACACCAGAUUUACUGAAAGAUCAGCAGACAGAUGGAACUGACCCGACCCGUGACAUGAUCUACAGUAUUCUGAGAGAUGGGUCCAGUGACAAUGAAAAUACACUGAGGAAGAAGACAAAUUUGAUUUUGGAAAAAAUUCAGUCUUAUCGAGUAUCUCCUGGAGAUGACACAAGAACUCUGGUCAAUCAGAAAAAGGAGCUGGAGAGGAAGGUUGCUGAACUACAGAGACAACUAGACGAUGAAGUGAAGCAAAGGAUAAAGUUGGAAACAUUGCGCCCCAAAGCUGGCAUACAGAAAUUGGAGAUUCAGCUGGAGGAGAGCAUGGAGGAAUGCAAUCGGCUAAAGGAUCUGUUUGAGAAAAAGAAGACUGAAUUGAAUACUGUGUCUCAAGAACUCAUGGAAGUAAGAAUGGGCAAAGAGCAGGUAGAGACCAAGUUGCGGUCUAUGGAGGACCAAUUGCUGGAUGCUCGGGAAGAAAUCUCUCAGCUGCAGGCAAAGGGUGGCGCAAUGGUGGAAAGACAUGUUCUAAUGAAGGAGCUUCAGGAAACACAGGAUGAGCUGGAUCAAGUCUUAGAUAUCCGUCAAAAGCAGGAUGAACUUCUGAAGCAGAGAGAGAGGGAACUAACUGCUUUAAAAGGUGCUCUGAAAGAGGAGGUGGCUAAUCAUGACAAGGAGAUGGACCGUGUGAGACAGCAGUAUCUGAUUGACAUUGAGCAGCUGCGAAAAAACAUGGAUAAUGUGUCCCAGGACCAACUCAGCUUGGAGUCAGAGCGUCAGAAAAUAAACUUGGUUGUGAAAAACCUUCAGAGGGAGCUGGAAGAGAGCAGUGAUGAGAUUAACCAAUGGAAAGAAAUGUUCCAGAAGAACAAAGAUGAACUACGCAGUGCAAAGCAGGAGGUUCUGCAGUUGAAGAUGGAGAAGGAAGAGUUUGAAGAUGAGCUGAGAGAGAUGAGGGAUAGGUUUUCACUCAUGCAGUCCGAGCUAAAUCAAGUGAAGAGAGGAUCAGUGGAUGCUGGAGAAGCAGAUGCUAUUAAAAAGGAGCUGCAACGGGCGAAGGAUCAGCUGAGUCAGGUCACAUUGGAGAAACAAAGACAAGAGCAAAGUUUGCACCAACAGGAAAGGGAGCUGUCUGCCCUGAAAGGGGUCCUCAAGGAGGAAGUGUCCGACCAUGACAGAGAGACAGAAAAACUGCGAGAACAGUUCCAAAAGGAGAGCCGUCAGAUUAGGAAAGACUAUGAGCAGCUAGUCAAGAGUAAGGAAACUCUCGAAAGUGAGAAGGCAGAGUCUGAGCGUCUGCGGCAGGUGCUAGAAAACAACCUACAGGAGGCUCGAGAAGAAAAUGAUGAUCUUAGGAGGAAGAUCUUGGGGCUUGAAGCCCAAGUGAAGGAACUGAAGACUUUCUGUGAUGAUCUUCAGAGAGCAGAGACCCGUCUCAAAGACAACAUUAGCAAACUGGAGGCUAAGCGGAAGAGGAUGGAGGAGACAUUGGGAGAAGUUACAGACCAAGAACAGGAGUAUGCAAUGAUGAAGCGCAGCCUAGAAAGCAGACUGGAGGAGGCGCAGCGAAGCCUGAGCCGCUUGACACUUGAAUACGAUGAGCUGCAGGAGUGUUACCAGGAAGAGAUGAGACAGAAAGACCAGCUGAAGAAAACAAAAAAUGAACUGGAGGAGCAGAAGAGGCUCCUGGACAAAUCCAUGGACAAACUUACAAAAGAGCUGGACAACAUGUCAAGCGAGUCACGUUACUCUCUUCAGAUGCUCCAGAAUCAGCUGGAGGAAUACAAGGAGAAAUCGCGCAGGGAAAUCAGCGAGGCUCAAAAACAGGCCAAGGAGCGUUUAGAGGAAGCUGAGAAGACCCAGUUUAGCACUGUCCGGUUACAGGAGGAGAUUCAGAAGCUUAAACAAGCUCUACAGGAGAGCCAGGCUGAGAGGGAAAGUGCUCUGUUGGACAAAGAGCUGGUCAGUCAGCGACUGCAGAGCCUGGAACAGGAUAUAGAGUCCAAGAAGCGUUAUCAAGAUGACCGAUCUCGGCAAGUCAAAGUACUUGAGGAUAAGAUGAAGCGUCUGGAAGUGGAAUUGGAUGAAGAGAAGAACACAGUGGAGCUCCUAACAGAUAGGGUUAACAGGAGCAGAGAGCAGAUGGAUCAGUUGCGCUCCGAGCUCAUGCAGGAGAGAUCCAGCCGGCAGGACCUGGAGUGUGACAAAAUCUCACUUGAAAGACAGAACAAAGAUCUGAAGAACCGCUUGGCCAGUAUGGAGGGCCAGCAAAAGCCUAAUGUUAAUGUGUCCCAGCUGGAAGCCAAAUUGCAAGAGGUCCAGGAUAGGCUGCAGUCAGAGGAGAGGGAGAAGACCGGUCUGCUGUCCUCUAAUCGCAAGCUGGAGAGGAAACUGAAAGAGCUGAACAUCCAGUUGGAAGACGACCGGCUUCAAGUCAAUGACCAGAAAGACCAGUUAAACCUUAGGGUCAAAGCCCUGAAGAGGCAAGUGGACGAGGCUGAGGAGGAAAUUGAGCGGCUGGAGGGGUUAAGAAAGAAAGCUGUGCGAGACCUAGAGGAACAGCAUGAGAUCAACGAACAGCUACAGGCCCGGCUCAAAACUAUGGAGAAGGAGACAAAACGUAAACCAACCCGCCCUGCCAUUGAUGAUGACCUGAGUUCUGACGGAGAGUUUGAUGCUCCAUACGACCCCAGUUCUAUUGCAUCUCUGCUAACUGAAAGUAACCUCCAGACCAGCUCAUGCUGAGAGUGUCACAGUGGACAGAAUUGCCAUACCACCCGGCGUGAUAAGCAGUUAAGACUGGAAACAAAACGGCAGACCCUUUGCUACCAAUAUUUUGAGGGUCACACAAGGGCUAAUUAAAAUGUCUGCACCAUCCCUAACAUAAUUUGUUGUUUUAGGAAAUAACUAAGGACUGGCGAAUAUAUAAAACCACCAAUUCUGAAUGUAAUAAGAUCAUUUUACCAUCGAUAUGAGUUGCUGGUAUAUUUGAUAUGGAGAAACCUCCACCAGAGGAUCGCUCAAACACAAAGAUACAGUGCCUGCUUUACUCAACCUAUAGAAUGUUAGGUGGGAGGAACCUUCUUGGUUAUUUCCUUUCUGCAUCCAUUAAUGAUGACUUUGGUAAUGACUGUAAACUAAUAAUUUAGUUAUACAAAAGGUUGUUGUAAAAACAUCUGCAAGACAGAAGCUUUUGAUUUUACUGUAAACAGUAAAGUAUUUCACCACUGUAUAAUCUAGUAGCAUCCUCUGGAUAUAUUCAUGUGUCUCUACACAAAGGGCUUGUCUUUAUUGGUCUGUUUAGUGCCCAAACAGUGUGAAAAUCAUAUGUUCAGCUUCAAAUUACCAAAAAUGGGAUUUAACUUGAAACUGGAUUGUUAAACAGAGAAUGCCUCAAUGUAAUAGGGUGGGAUUUCAUUACAGCAUUCCUGCUUUGAGUUUAUUAUUGAUAAUGAGAGACACCUCUGUGUAACUGUAUGUUGUAGUGCAACACACAAACUCCCACUGCCUUACCUUACUUGGUAUAAUAAGGUGCUAUGGUCCAUCUCUUACCAGAUCCCAUCUGUGCCUAAAACAUAAUACCUUGCUAUUCUGUAUUUUCUCCUAAGUUAACAGGAGGGGUAUUAACUGUACAUUAGCAGUGUGUAGAUUAAUGAUGCCUGGCAUUCUACACAUAUGUAUGCCUUGUAUGUAUAAUACAAAUUUCAGGUGUUUGGUGGAUUCCUAUAAUAAUUAAGGUGUUAAUCUCUCAGGUAUAUUGGUAACACUCAUUUACCACGCGUUUCUCUUUAUAUCCAAGCUGUACAUUGCUGAGGGCUGGUAAUGAGUGGGUGGAAACUAGAGAUAACUGAGGAAAACAUUUGGAUAUGUAACAUAAUUUGGGAAAAUAGAACCAAAAUAUGGAUUGUCAUAAAAUUUCUAAUUAAAUAUUUGUGUGUAUAAUGUAUAUAAAAUACACGCAGAUUUGUACAUAAAUAUAUGCACACUUGAUUAUAUACGCAAAGAUUUAUGUUCACAAAUAUCUUCAGUAUCAUGUCUAAAGUUAUAUGUAUAUAUAAUGUAUUUGAUGUAUUUGUUCUCUAUAAGAAAAAACAGAUUUAUGAUUGGAGCUCUAUUUCAGAUGUGGCGGAUACUCAGGAAUAUUUCCUACAGUAAUUCUCUCUCUUAUAUGUGUCUAACUCACGCAGCAAGUUACUUUGCAUCCGGGUGAAAGAUUAAAUGGUCUGUUUCUACAUCUACAUAUUCUGUCUCGUCUGAAAAUUGAUUAUUUGUAUGUUGCUUUAUAUAAUUUUUAUUAGAUGUAAAAAAUAAAAAAAAGUUAAAGUUUAGCUCAUCUCUCUGGGGCUCUAUGUGAAAUCUGUAUAAUCCAGCUCAGAUAAUAAAGCACUCAUUUUUGUAACCAU